CCCGGACACAGCUUCAUUCGGAACCACGAGCACAGCCGGUGGAUGUGCCCAUGUCACUGGUUUUUCAACAGCCUCCAAAUUAUUAUUUAUUCGCCUGUGCUAUGGGAACGCCAGCCGUUUUUCAUGUUCCACACCUGUGCGAUUUUGCAGACGGCGUUUUAACGCUGAACGUGGAGAAUGCUAAUUAUGCCUACCCAGCUCCCAACUUCCACAAGUGCGAUAUCUGUCUGCUGUCUUUUCCAAAAGAGACCCAGUUUCAGCGCCACUUGCGGGACCAUGAGCAAAAUGACAAGCCUCACCGAUGUGACCAGUGCCCCCUGUCAUUCAACGUUGAGUUCAACCUGACACUGCAUAAAUGCACCCACAGCGGGGAAGACCCUACCUGCCCUGUGUGCAACAAGAAAUUCUCCCGAGUGGCUAGCCUCAAGGCACAUAUUAUGCUGCAUGAGAAGGAAGAGAACCUCAUCUGCUCCGAGUGCGGGGAUGAGUUCACCCUGCAGAGCCAGCUGUCCCUGCACAUGGAGGAGCACCGCCAGGAGCUGGUCGGGAGCCACAGCCACACCUGCAAAGCCUGCAAGAAGGCGUUUGAGGCUUCAUCGCAGCUCAAGGAGCACAUGAAAACUCAUUAUAAAAUCAGGGUAUCAAAGACGAGGUCUUAUAAUCGAAACGUCGAUAGAAGCGGGUUCACGUAUUCAUGUCCACAUUGCGGAAAGACCUUCCAAAAGCCAAGUCAGCUAACAAGGCACAUUAGGAUACACACAGGGGAAAGACCAUUUAAAUGUAGUGAAUGUGGAAAGGCUUUCAACCAGAAAGGAGCGCUGCAGACACACAUGAUCAAACACACGGGAGAAAAGCCUCACGCCUGUGCCCUCUGUCCAGCCGCCUUUUCCCAGAAGGGCAAUCUUCAGUCACACAUCCAGAGGGUCCACUCCGAGGUGAAGAAUGGUCCCACGUAUAAUUGCACGGAAUGUAGUUGUGUGUUCAAAAGCCUAGGGAGUCUGAACACCCACCUCAGCAAGAUGCACAUGGCCGGCCCUCUGAACCAGCCCAGCGCUCCCCCGGACCCUGCGCACGGCCCAGUGGGUUCUGGGUCCCAAACUCCAGCUGCUUCCUCAACUCCCCUCCUACAGUCUGCUGAGAACAAAUGGAAGAAUCAAACCGAUCCCCCCGCUCCUCCCGCCGCCACGCCGCCGGCUCCCCAGGCUGUGACAGACGUCAUCCAGCAGCUGCUGGAGCUCGCGGAGCCCAGCCCAGUGGAAGCCAAUGCACCGCAGACCCCCGCCAGUCAGCAGCUCAGCAUCGCCGUGGGCCUCAACCAGGAUAUCCUACAGCAAGCCCUGGAAAACAGCGGCCUGUCUUCUCUCCCUGUGGCCGCUCCCCCAGGCGAUCCCGCCCAAGCCAAGCCUGCAGCAGCGGGGGCAGUGCCCACCCCAGUGUCCAGCCAGCACACUGUCCCUUCCGAGGCCGAGCAAGAGAAAGAGCGAGACAGCCCGGACAAAUUGGAUAAGAAGGAGAAGAAGGUUAUCAAAAAGAAGUCACCCUUUCUACCUGGCUCAGUUCGCGAAGAGAACGGCGUCCGGUGGCACGUGUGUCCGUAUUGCACCAAGGAGUUCAAGAAGCCCAGUGACCUGGUGCGGCACAUCCGCAUUCACACCCAUGAGAAGCCUUUCAAAUGCCCCCAGUGUUUCCGAGCUUUUGCUGUGAAGAGCACUCUGACAGCUCACAUCAAAACGCACACUGGCAUCAAGGCAUUCAAGUGCCACUACUGCAUGAAAUGCUUCUCCACCUCAGGAAGUUUGAAAGUUCACAUUCGCCUGCACACAGGGGUGAGACCUUUCGCAUGUCCUCACUGUGACAAAAAAUUCCGAACGUCUGGCCACAGGAAGACACACAUCGCUUCGCACUUCAAACACACUGAGCUGAGGAAACUGAGGCACCAGCGGAAGCCUGCCAGGGUGCGGCUGGGCAAGGCCAAUGUUCCCAUGCCGGAUAUCCCUCUGCAAGAGCCCAUCCUCAUCACGGACUUAGGUCUCAUCCAGCCAAUCCCGAGGAACAGCCAGUUCUUCCAAAGUUACUUCAACAAUAAUUUUGUGAGCGAAGCAGACAGACCUUACAAGUGUAUUUACUGCCACCGAGCUUAUAAAAAAUCUUGCCACCUUAAGCAACACAUCAGAUCACACACAGGAGAAAAACCAUUUAAAUGUUCUCAGUGUGGAAGAGGCUUUGUGUCUGCAGGAGUUCUAAAAGCACAUAUUCGAACACACACUGGACUGAAAGCUUUUAAAUGUCUUAUAUGUAACGGUGCUUUUACGACUGGUGGUAGUUUACGGAGGCAUAUGGGAAUCCAUAAUGAUCUUCGGCCCUAUAUGUGUCCUUACUGUCAAAAAACAUUCAAGACCUCCUUGAAUUGCAAAAAGCACAUGAAAACCCAUAGGUACGAACUUGUGCAGCAGCUGCAACAGCACCAGCAAGCUGCCUCAAUCCACGACACCACUGUCGAUCAGCAGAGCAUCCCUGUUUCCACCCAGAUGCAAGUGGAGAUUGAAAGCGACGAGCUGCAGCAGGCUGGAGCGGUGGCAGCUGACCCUGACACCAUCUUGGAGCUGGAGCAGCCGCACGUGGUGGGCCCGGAAGAAGCUGCCCUGGGUCAGCCGCUGACUGACCAGCCCCUGGAGACUGUGGAAGAUAGGUUUGUAACUUCCCAGCAUGCUCUGCAGGAUAACAUCGCUCAGUUUGAACAGCAGACCCUCCCCCAGCAGCCGUUUGAGCAGACUGGAUUGUCGCAAGGUUUUGCAGGGUCGGACUCCUACAGCCAGCAGAACCCAUUCCCUCCCGUCCAGCAACUGCAGGAUUCCAGCACCCUGGAGUCUCAGGCCCUUUCAUCUAGCUUCCAUCCCCAGAACCUGCUGCAGGUUCCUGGCACAGAGCCCCUGAAUGAGCCUACCCGUUUGAUUCAAGAACCCUCACAGGACGAACUAGAACUGCAACCCCAGCGUCCCUCUCAGCUUCUCGAGGAGAGCGAGGAGCAAACCAGGCGAGCUUACAGGUGUGACUACUGCUCCAAGGGUUUUAAGAAGUCCAGCCACCUGAAGCAGCACGUGCGCUCCCACACCGGCGAGAAGCCCUACAAAUGCAAGCUCUGCGGGCGUGGCUUCGUGUCCUCGGGCGUCCUCAAGUCUCACGAAAAGACACACACGGGAGUCAAACCGUUCAGCUGUAGCCUCUGCACCGCGGCCUUCACUACCAACGGCAGCCUCACCAGGCACAUGGCCACUCACAUGAGCAUGAGGCCUUACAAGUGUCCAUUCUGUGAGGAGAGCUUCCGGACCACGGUGCACUGCAAAAAGCACAUGAAGAAACACCAAACGGUCUCGUCUGCGGUAGCCACCUCUGGGGAGGCUGGAGGAGGAGGAGAAGCAGGAGAAGGAGGAGGAGGCAGAGGAGAUGGAGAAGGAGGAGGAGGAGUUGGCUGCCUGGAGGAAGAAGAUGAGAACCCUGAAAGGGCUGCCUCGAGAAGGCCUCGCCCUGGGGUCAUCACAUUCACGGAGGAAGAAACGGCCGAGCUGGCCAAGAUCCGACCCCAGGAGAGUGCUACGGUUUCCGAAAAAGUCCUCGUCCAGUCUGCGGCCGAGAAGGAUCGGAUCAGCGAGAUGAAGGACAAGCAGGCCCAACUGGAAGCCGAGCCCAAGUAUGCCAACUGCUGCACCUACUGCCCCAAGAGCUUCAAGAAGCCCAGUGACUUGGUGAGGCAUGUCCGAAUCCACACCGGAGAGAAGCCGUACAAAUGUGAAGAAUGUGGAAAGAGUUUCACUGUCAAGUCUACCCUGGACUGUCACGUGAAGACACACACAGGGCAGAAGCUCUUCAGCUGCCAUGUGUGCAGCAAUUCUUUCUCCACCAAGGGAAGCCUGAAAGUUCAUAUGCGCUUGCACACGGGGGCCAAGCCCUUCAAGUGUCCACACUGUGACCUGCGCUUUCGGACCUCGGGCCGGAGGAAGACCCACAUCCAGUGCCACUACAAACCAGAGAGCAAGAAGGCCAGGAAGCCACCUAUCCACGCCCCGGCCGAGAGCCUGCAGCCUGUCAGCCUCCUCGGGCCCCCUUCCGCCGAUCCCAGUGUCUUCAUCAUGAACAACUCGGUCUUGACUGCACAGCUGGACCAGAACCUACUUCAGCAGGGGCUGGUGGGCCAGGCCAUCCUCCCAGCAUCCAUGUCAGCUGGCGGGGACCUGACGGUGUCCCUGACGGAUGGCAGCCUGGCCACCUUGGAGGGCAUCCAGCUGCAGCUGGCUGCCAAUCUGGUGGGGCCAAACGUUCAGAUUUCCGGCAUCGAUGCCUCCAGCAUCAACAACAUCACCCUACAGAUUGACCCUAGCAUACUGCAGCAGACAUUGCAGCAGAGCAACCUGCUUGCCCAGCAGCUGACGGGGGAGCCCCACUUGACGCCUCCAAGCGCUGCCUUGCAGACUCAGGAUGGUCCGGUGCCUGCCAAUGUGGUGAUCCAGCCCAUCUCAGGCCUGGCCUUGCCUGCUGCCGUGGCGCCGUCGGCAAACGUGACUAUCGGCCCGUUGUCUGAGCAGGAUGCUGUGCUGGCCCCCGGGAGCAGCGGUCCCCAGGAUCUUUCUCAGGUCAUGACCUCUCAGGGUCUGGUGUCCACCUCAAACGGUCAGCACGAAAUCACUCUGACCAUCAAUAACACGAGCCUGAGCCAGGUCCUCGCUCAUGCCACUGGCUCCACCACGCCGACCUCAGCAGGAUCACCGCAGGAGAUCACUCUGACCAUAUCUGGUCAGGACCUUAUCCAGCACAACCCCAGCGGAAGCAUCAGGCUCUCGUCCCCGGCUGUGAGCACCCAGCCCAACGCCGCCACCUUGACGAUAAGCCAUGACCAGCUGCUGUCUCAGAGCUCAGCCUUAAACUCCUCUCCAGAACUGAACGCAGCAACUGGAAGCCUUCCGGCACCUGCCCCCAUGUCACCCCCACCCGUGUCUGCCUCAAACCUAGUGAUGUCAUCAUCGGGAGUUGGGCCUGACGCCAGCGUCACCCUGACUCUGGCCGACACGCAGAGCAUGCUGUCGGGAGGCCUCGAUGCCGUCACCCUGAACAUCACGUCGCAGAGCCAGCAGUUCCCCGCUCUCCUGACUGAGUCGUCCCUUUCGAGCCCAAGUGGCGCCGGCCCGCAGCAAGUGAUCCUCGUGAGCCACACCCCACAUUCCGCGGCUCCCCACUCGGAGGACAUCACCUUCCAGGUGACGGAAGGCUCUCCCCCGCUGAGCCAGGGCAGCCCCUCCGAGAAGGGGGGCUGUGGCCACCAGUGCCUGGAGUGCAGUCGCACCUUCCCCUCGGCCAGCACGUUGAUGCACCACAGCAAGGAAGUGCACGGCAAAGAGCGGAUCCAUGUGUGCCACGCUUGCAGCAAAGCCUUCAAAAGAGCAACCCAUCUCAAGGAGCACCUGCAGACCCACCAGGCGGGACCGUCGCUGAGCUCCCAGAAGCCGCGGGUUUUUAAGUGUGACACCUGCGAAAAGGCAUUUGCCAAGCCGAGCCAGCUGGAGAGACACAGCCGUAUCCACACAGGGGAGCGUCCAUUCCACUGCACGCUCUGUGAGAAGGCGUUUAACCAGAAGAGCGCCCUGCAGGUGCACAUGAAAAAGCACACGGGAGAGAGGCCGUACCGCUGCGAGUUCUGUGCGAUGGGCUUCACGCAGAAGAGCAACAUGAAGCUGCAUGUGAAGCGGACGCACAGCUUCACGGGUCCCUUGCAAGAGUCGGGAGGCCACCAGGAGCCAGAAGGAGGAGACCUCAACCGAGCCCUUCGCCUGGAAGAGGUCGUUCAAGCGCCUGCCAGUGAAUGGCAGAGCCUGACCAGCAUCUUCCGGUGACGGUGGCCGGAUCACCCGCAGGCAUCUGGAACUUGAAAUCCUGAGGUCAGCUCGGAGCAAGCCAACGCUUGGACCGUCCAGUCAGAGCAGCUUCCCACCAGGAAAUGUUCCCAGUAGAGGGUUUAGUCACUUACUAAAAAAGCUGUCUAAAGAAUCUUUGUCUUUCGCAGGCUUGUAGGAGAGAGUCGGUGCAAGGUGCACUGCUCUGGACCAAAGGGUCGAUAAAUCAGAGAACUCAGGUAGAUGCUUCAGGCUGUCUCACCUUCUCACCACCGCCGGCCUGUCCGCUCAGAUCCCGAGCCUCCAGGCCCCCAACAGUCAGCCUUCGGACCGAGCCAUUCCAUCAGCGCGAGGCGGCCGGGUUCCCUGGGCUCGCAGAGACAGCAAAAGCAAGCUUCCCGGAGGCAGAGAGCCAACUCAUUUUCAGGUUUUACAUCUGAAGAAGCGUAGCGUGAAAGGAGAGGCGUCUUGCCAGAUGGAGUCCCGAGGAUGGGGUUACAGUGCCCGGAAAGGUUCUUUUCCUAUUUAUUUCCCUUGGGAGCAUUUGAGGAGCGUUGGGAAGGGUAGACUCUCCAGGCAGCGCAGCGAACUGAGCGGCUGCCUGAGAGACACGGCCGGACGGUCUCUUACGCUGCCCAGGCGGCCCUCCACGUGCUGGCUGGAAACCCGAGCCCCGUGGGUCCUCCCAACCCGGCCCCCAACGGCUAAAGCUGAGCCAGUUUGGGAAGUCAGGGAGAUGAGUCUGUGUCCGACAGGGAGGCAGUUCGGGCCAGGGCGUAGGGGUCUGCUGAUAACCAGUGUGAGGCAGGCUGCUUGCUGUGGGUAGCACAAGCCAUACGUUAGAGGCAGGAGGUCGAGUCUAACCAACCCUGGAGCGGCAGUCUGAGGGGAGCCGGCCCAGACUCCCCGACAGACGGACCCAAAGCCCCCGUUUCCUCCUGCAUCCCCAUCCGGGGCAUGGUGCUCAAAGUGGGGGCUACCUUGGCUUGAGCGAAGCGACCCGGAAAACGUUCUGGGUCGGGGUGGGGUGUGGCCCCCCUGGGGGGGAGUCCGAGACCCAGUGAAGUCGAACACCCCCCCCACCCCGCCCCUCCACCAUCUCACCCUUUCUACAUUCCAAAGAUAGUGGGAGACUCUUGGCUUCGUUUUAGUUUGCCGUUGGAAAUUAUUUAUAUGUCCUCUCUAUAGAUAUCUGUGUGUGUGCGUAUGCGCGUAUGUGUGCGUGCGUGAAUGUAUGUGUGUGUGUGUGUAUAUAUAUAUAUAAAUAUUUAUAUAAAUAUAUAAAACAUAAAUGGGCCUCUGUGUGGCCAGCCAGUAUAUUUUGUAAAUACAACCGCAGAGAACGUUCAGAUCCAAUUUUAAACAUCACACGAGCACUUCCAGAUCAGUAUUGGACUCAUUUUAUUAAUAAAUGAAUAUUCAUCUUA